GUAGGCCGCUUACAUUAAGAAACAUACUUGGUUGUCAGUUUGAGUUGUGUCUAAUUUUGUCAAUACAUUAAUUUGUGCUGAUCUACGUUGUGCUUUAUUCCUGCUAUCCUGGAUCCCGAUUUCACACUGGCGACGAGAGAAAAUAAAUUAAAACGUGGGCGGUAAUUUUGUUCAUAAAUUUCAUAUAAAGUUGAGAAAAUGUCGAUUGGAAAAAUAAAAGAGUUUGACAUUAAAAAUGGAACGUGGUCAGCUUAUAUUGAGAGGAUGGAAAUGUAUUUUAAGGUGAAUAAUGUUAAAUCGGAGCUUCACCUGCCUACAUUAAUUGCUACAGUCGGAGACGAGGCGUAUGAGCUUAUAACAAAUCUUACUAGCCCAAAGAAGCCAUCGGAGCUAACAUAUGACGAAAUAGUCACCUUGGUAAAGGAUCACUUACAGCCGGCUCCGUCAGUUCUAGCUGAGCGCUACAGAUUCAGACAAAAGAGACAAGGCAGCGAAUGUCUCAGCGAUUAUGUAGCAGAGCUUAAAAAGGCAGCCCGAUUUUGUAAAUUUGAGUCAGCCUUAAACGAUAAUUUGCGGGACCAGUUCGUUUGCGGAAUUAAAAGCGACGAGAUCCGACAGCGGUUGUUCGCUGAAGAUGACGAUUUAAGUUUCACUAAUGCAGUUAAGAAAGCGACAACUUUAGAGGCGGCGAUUAAAGAUUCGGCUGCCGUAGACGUUUCGGCGGGAACGGCCAACAACGUGGGUACUACGGCGGGAGCUGACGCAGUACACGCCAUAAACGCGGCGGGGGAUCGGCGUAUCAACACAAGCGGCUACGGAGGUCGUGGCGGAAACAGGACGCGCGGUGCGCGCGGACGUGGCGGCUCGCCAUGGCGGAGUGCGGGCGGAGGCGCCCACCACUGCGGCGGUUGCGGUGGAAGCGGACAUACCUACCAGACUUGCAAGUUCCGGAGUUACGAAUGCAGCCGGUACAGGCGCAUGGGACAUCUACGUCGCGUCUGUCCUGAACUGAUGACAGAGAAGUCGCGCGCAGAUCAAACAAACUUUCAUCAGCUAUGUGGGAAAACUGAUAAGGAUAAGGUAGACGAGCUGCCUUUGGAGCCACUACAGGAGGAAGAUUUUCACCACUUAUGCUUAAGAGACUAUCCGCUGGUAAGAAUACCAGUUUCCGUAAAUAAUCGUAUACUGUCUAUGGAAGUCGACACAGGUGCGGCUGCCGCUUGCAUAAGUAGUGAGACAUAUGAUACCUAUUUCAGGGAUAUCCCUUUGCUACCACCAGCAACUAACUUCACGUUCUAUGACGGAACGCCACUCAAUCCAGUGGGUAUGAUAAAACCCAAAGUGCGCUAUGGAGUUACAGAAAAGGAGCUAGAACUCUUUGUAAUUAAGGAUGGAAAAUACCCGAUAAUAGGUCGACACUGGUUAACAGAAUUAAAAACAGGCAUUGCGGAAUUAGUGGACUGUCAUAAUCUUUCUGUUGGUAGUACAAAUGUGCAAUUAAAUAAUAAUAUUAAAAUGUUAUGCGACAGGUAUAAGGAGCUUUUUGAAGGCGGUUUGGGGCGGUACACGGGCGGUAAAGCGACACUGCGGUUGCGGCCGGGCACGGUUCCGGUGUUCCACCGCGCGCGCCCGCUGCCGUACGCGCUCCGGGCACGCGUCGACGCCGAGUUGGACGCCAUGCUCCGCGACGGCAUCAUCGAGUCCGUCGACUGCUCCGAUUGGGCCUCCCGUUGGUACCGGUAAACAAGC